AUGCCACUGUCAUUAUUUCAUCAGCAUGCAAAGACGAAAAGGCAUUGGGCACAACACAGCCCAGAUAAGUUACUAGAGAUUCUCAAGAAAACCGAAGGCGGAGAGAAGAGGAAGAAAGAAGAUUUUUUGCUGGCUACAUGGGACCUACGCAGUGCCUGUGUUGAAUGGGGGGCUAUCAAGCUAAAAGAACUCUCCGGACGCCGGAAUUUUGAACCAGACACGCACCUCGACCUGUCAAAAACUAUCAAAGCCUUCAUGAGACGCCUUCCAAAGGGCCCUGAGUUGGACGCAAUGAUAUCAUGGGAAAAGGAAUACCAGGCUGCAUAUGAGGCAGCCCUCUACAACGAAGGAACCUCCAUAAUUUGGGCUUUCCUGGCAGAUUUCAGGGACUAUGACCUUCCUCAAUCCUGGUUAGAGGAAUUUCACAAAUUCUGUCUUCGCUGGCCAUGGGAAUUGGAAAUUCAAGAUGCGAUUGGAGAACUGAGAAAUGCGAUACAGGCUUCCUUGUUAGAGGCUAAGGCCAUUGCGAAGAAACCAUUGGUUCAUGACUUCGACGACCGCAGAUUCUCCCUCAUGUGUAUGAUUCUCGAUCAAUUUGAUGCAAUAUUUCAACUCAAGCUCUUCAUGCAAGCCUCUCUGGAUGCUGCGGGAGUUUUCAUGAAAUUCACGGAGAAAGAUGUAGAAACAUUCGCAGACUUCGAAGCUUCAAUUCGUCAAAUUGACUUCGGAGGUGCAAUGCCGGCGAUCGGCCGUUGGAUUCGAUAUUGCCGUAUUACUAUCGAUCUAGAUCGCUAUUGUACUGGAUACGCAUGGGACUUUAUUACAUUCUGUGCGCACAUGGUUCCUGCCGAGAACUUCAUCUGGUUAUGGGAUGUGAAUGAAAAUUUUGAUCAACAUAGGCUUGACAAAAAGUUAUGUCUUGCUAAGACUUUUAUAUUUGAGCUCCAAAGGCUUAUUAGUAAAAGGUUUCCGACCGGAUACGAGUGUCUUGACGCUAAUCAAGAAGAAUUACGCCCGUUUAAGGAGAUGACGGAAAAAGAUAACGAUUCAGAUGGUUCGCAGAACGAGCUCACUAUGCUCAAGCGAAAACCGUUCUUUGUUCAAGGAGAUCUGUUGGUUGCACUUUCUUCCAAGGCAGGCAUAGGUAAGGAUAUAAAGAAAACGUUCAGAUUAUUUGGAAAGAUUUUCCAAGGAUGGGUCGAUGAUAUGGCCCGAGUACUUAGCUUGUACAAGGAUAAGAACACAAUAAUGCCGGUAUCUUCAAAAUCUGUUUUUGACGGCAAGUUGGGCCCAUUCGAAAUUAAGGUCCAUAAACCACUACAUUUUGUACUUCUACGAUUUGUAGUAUUUCUUUACGAAGAAGAUGUCGACCUCCCCUUAGGACUAAAACAUCAGCUUAAGCAAAUGACGGUAAAAUAUACAGACCAAAUAACGGAAACAUCCGAGUCAGUAUGGAAUUACAUAAAACAGGAGAAUGCCGAUAUUCUUGUUAUCCCGAACAUGCUCAAAUUAUCCCCAGUACGGCUUUUUUGGUUCAAAACACUCUCGGAGCUCAUCUCUAGAGCGGUAGAAUUGGAACACGAGGACGACGUUUCGGUGGCAGCCCACACCGAGGCACCGACCGAACCCGCCCCACCAAAGAUCAAAGUUGACAAACCCGAGAGCGACACUCCAACAACAGCACAGACUGAGACAACCCAAACAGAGGCACCGACCGAACCCGCCCCGCCAAAGAUCAAAGUUGACAAACCCGAGAGUGACACUCCAACAACAGCACAGACUGAGACAACCCAAACAGAGCAGCAUAAUCAACCAGCUAAAUCUGAGAGCGAUACACCAAUCACAGAUCAAGUGGAUGAAUCUGAAAAAGCUCAAUCGCAUCAAGCAGGCCAAUCGAACGGACCAAAUAUUUCCAGAGAUUUACAUGAACUAGACCAGCCGGAAGCACCGGAGAUUAUGCCAACCAUAGAUCACACUGAUCAUGUUACUAGUGAUCAUACCUAUAAGCCCGACUUAUCGGUGCUAGUCUUGAACCAACCAUACAUUAAUAACUCUACUUCAUGUGAUGUACCCCCUAGGGUGGUGAAUAGAGAACCACCACAAGACGCUUCUACUGGGCCUAGUACAGCACUACCACCUGAUCAGGUAGGCAAUGCUAUCCAGAGUAUCGUGGAUUAUAGCAGAAAUACAGCUGGUGAUAUUCAUGUGUUGCAUGAAGAAAUUUAUAGUCUCAGGGCACUAGUUACUAUGUUGAUAGACGGAGACGCCCGGUCACGAAGGAUUCUCAUGGAAAGAGGUCACUUGGCAGUUCCAUUUGCCCAAAUGAGAACAGAUCCAACUUUAGACCGGUCUUCUAUAUUUUCCCAAACAGGGGGUCAGUAUGCUGCGACUCUUAUAGCGCCGCCAGCGCCGGACGGGCCUCUGGAGAUCGCUGACGCGGAGUUUUACUCGUAG